AUGGUGACCUUCAAGAGGAUAUCGAUCACGCUGCUUGUUUCGAUUCCAUUCGUUUUUGCGUUGUACGAGAACGGCACCGUCAUCGCACCAUGCGAUUCUCCUGUCUACUGUCAUGGAGACAUCCUUCACGAAAUUGAGUUGGCACAGCCGUUCACCGACUCGAAAACAUUCGUAGACCUGCCAACAAUUCGUCCAUUGGAUGAGGUCAUCGCCGCCUUCGGUAACCUGUCGCGGCCGAUCACCAACAACUCGGAUCUCAACGACUUCCUAACCACCUACUUUGGCGAAGAGGGCACCGAGCUGGAAGAAGUGCCGCGGGAGUCCCUAUCCACCCACCCAGUAUUCCUGGACCGGGUCAACGACACCGUGAUUUCCGAGUUCGUCGAGAAGGUCAUCGACAUCUGGCCGGACCUCACGAGGCAGUAUGUUGGCCGGGACAAUUGCACUGGCUGCGUCGACAGCUUCAUCCCCGUCAACCGCAGCUUCGUGGUCGCGGGCGGCCGGUUCCGUGAGCCGUAUUACUGGGACUCGUUCUGGGUGAUCGAGGGGCUGCUCCGCACGCAGGGCAACUUCACGGAGAUUGCGAAGAAUAUCAUUGAGAAUUUCCUCGAUCUGGUCGAUACAGUGGGAUUCGUGCCCAAUGGAGCAAGGAUCUAUUACUUGAAUCGCUCGCAGCCGCCACUUCUGUCGUUUAUGGUGGAUGCCUACGUGCAGUAUACGAAGGAUACAAGCAUCGUGGAGCGGGCAUUGCCGCUGUUGAUUAAGGAGCAUGACUGGUGGAUGACGAAUCGAACGAUCCAGGUCAGCGCAGAAGGGGAGACGUACACUCUAAACAGAUAUGCGGUGACGAACACGCAGCCUCGACCAGAAUCAUACCGUGAAGACUACGUCACCGCCAAUAAUCAGUCCUACUACGCUGAAUCCGGCAUCAUCUAUCCUACAACCCCAUUGGACGAGACUGAAAAAGUUGCACUCUAUGCCAACCUCGCCAGCGGAGCAGAGUCCGGCUGGGAUUACACCACACGAUGGCUCGCCACUCCCUCCGAUGCACUGAGGGACAUGUAUUUCCCUCUCCGCAGCCUCAACAACUACGAGAUUGUCCCCGUCGAUCUCAACUCCAUCCUCUACGGCAACGAACUGGUCAUCAGCAAGUACCUCUCCGCUGUCGGCAACGAGACUGGCGCGACGCAUUACGCCAACCUCGCCCAACAGCGUAGCGACGCCAUUUACGCCCUCAUGUGGAACUCCACAUACAACAGCUUCUUCGACUACAACCUCACCUCCUCCUCCCCCUACAUGUGGAUCCCCGCCGCGGACGACGACGCCACAGCCGCCGAAACCGCCGGUGCCCCCCCAGGCUCCCAACUUUUCUUCCACGCCGGCCAAUUCUAUCCCUUCUGGACCGGUGCCGCGCCCCCGCACCUCAAAAACAACCCCCUCGCCGUCUCCCUCGCCUACACCCGCGUCGCCCAGUACCUCGACGACAAAGCCGGCGCCAUCCCUGCCACGAACUUGCAGACGGGCCAGCAAUGGGACCAGCCGAACGUCUGGCCGCCGCUGAUCUACAUCCUCCUCAAGGGCCUCCUCAACACCCCCGCAUCGUUCGGUGCCGCCGAUGAUGCCUACCAGUCGGUCCGCGCGCUCGCUGGUCGCCUCGCGCAGCGGUACCUCGACUCGACGUUCUGCACGUGGCGCGCGACAGGAGGUUCGACGAGCGAGACGCCGAAGCUAGACGGGCUGGCGGCGGAGGCGGAGGGCAUCAUGUUCGAGAAGUAUGCAGACAACGCGACGAACGUGGCGGGAAGCGGGGGGGAAUAUGAGGUGGUGGAGGGGUUCGGGUGGACGAAUGGUGUGUUGAUCUGGGUCGCGGAUACGUUUGCGGAGGGGCUGACGAGGCCGGAGUGUGGGGAGUUGACGCCGGCGCAUUUGAGUGGAGGUGGGGCGAGGAGGGCGGUAGAGUUGGAUCCGAGGGAUGGGCGGUGGGUGAGGAAGUUUGGGAAGCGCAAUAGGGAUUGA